AUGACACACGAAUGUCCUCUUGUUAACCGUUCCCGCCGCCCGUCUUCGUCUUUCCAUGCGUCAAGAGGACCUGGUACGCUUUCUGUCCAAGCCCGCGAACCCCACGCCCACCUUCAACCCCCACCGAGCAGAUAUCCUCGUCUGCUAGACCCGAUACUUCCCCAGGGUAUCGGAAUCUGCCUCGUUUAUCCCCCUCUCCGCCCGACCUCCCUAACAUCGACCACGCAUUACACUGGGUCUCCGUCGUCGCAUAUCGGCACCCCACAUUUGACAAUCAACAAGGAGGCUACCAUCGAUCUCGAUUCUUCCAAUGCCUUCGAAGGUCCCGAGAAGCUCCUAGAAGUAUGGUUCAGCUCCUCCGCUACCAACCUGCCCGGUCAGGCCGGCCCGCUUGGGCUCAAGAAGGUGUCCGCUGAGGUGUGGAAGGAUAUGCUCGACCUGGUCAACUGCAAGGUCCUCUCCGUCAUCGAGUCCGAACAUGUUGACGCCUACCUUCUGUCUGAGUCGAGCAUGUUCGUCUUUCCCCACAAGGUCGUGCUUAAGACCUGUGGUACCACCACCUUGCUUUGGGGCCUCACUCGCAUGCUUGAGAUCGCGGCUGUGGAGGCUGGUUUCCCCUAUGUAACCCCUCAGCCAGGCUCUGCCAUUGCAGCCUCUGCUACGCCCUAUCGCGUCUUCUACAGCAGGAAGAAUUUCCUCUAUCCGGACCAGCAACGAGGUCCUCACCGCAGCUGGCGCGACGAAGUCCGAUACCUCGACCAACGCUUCCAAGGUGGCAGUGCUUAUAUGAUUGGCAAGAUGAAUGGCGACCACUGGUAUCUCUACAUUACCGGGCCUGAUACACACCUGACGCCCCCUCCCAGUCCCGGUCAUGAGAUUGCGGAAACCGAAACGAAGUUUGUCAGCCACCCCGAGCGCCUACUACGUGAGCAAAUUGGCGACGAGGACGAGGACGAGACUCUGGAGAUCCUGAUGACCGACCUCGACGAGAAGAACGCCCGCCAGUUCUACCUCGAGGACGCAAGUGCGGUUGCGGAAGGUCGCUACCUCCAGAAGGCUCGUGAUGCCCGAAAGAACGCCAUUCAGUCCCUCGGGUCUAUCCCGGAGGAGAAGUGUGAGAGCCUCGGCGGCUCUACUAUUCUCAAUUCCGCUGCCAAUACACACACCUCCUCUGACAGCUUCGAUGUGUUUGAGCAGACCUCCUCUGACCACUCCGGCUUCAGCUCUGACGAUGAGCUAACGUUCCCUGAAGAGCUGACCACCGAAGGUCACUCGCUCGGCUCCGUUGUCUCUGAGGUGUGUGGCCUUGCUGACGUAUAUCCGACUUCAAAGUAUCCCGACGCCCGUAUCGAUGCGUACCUGUUUACACCCUGCGGCUUCUCCGCCAAUGGCGUCGUGCCCGCUCCCGGAGGCGCUCCUAAUGGCUCCAAGAAAGGUUCUGAUGCUACGCACUACUUCACCGUUCACGUCACUCCCGAACCGCAGUGCUCCUACGCCUCAUUCGAGACCAACGUACCCGCCCGCCAGACUGGAAGGGAGACUGCCGAUGUCGUCGAGCACGUGGUCGAUAUCUUCAAGCCUGGUCGCUUCAGCGUGACUCUAUUCGAGGCCAAACCCUCCUCUGAGGAACAGCCUGGUAAGGGUGCUGACAAGACCAAGAGGAUGGAGGCGAUUGCAGGGUAUCGCCGUGUGGAUCGCAUUGUGCAUGAUUUGGAUGGGUAUGAUCUAGUGUUUAGGUACUAUGAGCGGGAUGAUUGGAAGGGAGGGAAGCCGAGGUUGGGUGAAGUGUACUGA